AUGAGCAGUGGUGGGGGUAGCGGUGGUGGUAGCGGCCCCGCCUUCGGUGGUCUGGGCGGUGGUGGCCAUGCGCACGAUGAUGACGAUGACGAGGAGGACGAAAACGAAGGACAACCAGGAGAGAGCUGGUUUGCGGGCGGGGAGAGGAGUGGGAUCUCCAUUCAGAACCCCGAUCGGCCUGCUGCCGUCCCCGGUGGGAACCUAGUCCGUGACCUUCUCCGUAGGGCUGCGGAAGCCGGUCCGCCGCCACCGCCCGCCGAGGGAUCUGCCCGAGGCACAGUGUUCACAGGAGGUGGUCACACUUUGGGAAGCGAUGAAGUCGAUAGCCAAUACAUACCCGAUCCCAAUGCCCCUGAAGAACCGGAAGAAGAGACCGCUGUGCGCCACUUAACAUUCUGGCGAGACGGCUUCAGCGUUGAGGACGGGGAGCUGAUGCGCUACGACGAUCCUGCGAACGCGCAGAUCCUCUCGGAAAUCAACUCCGGCCGCGCACCCCCGCACAUUCUGAACGUCGCCCCCGGUCAGCCCGUUGAGCUGCGUGUGGUGAAGCGUCUGCAGGAUGAUUACUCUCCUGAGCCGAAGGCGCUCGGCGCCAACACGUUCUCUGGCGCAGGCCACCGUCUCGGCUCGCCCGUUCCAUCCUUGUCUACCCCAGGUGCUAGCGGGAGCGGCAGCACUCAGAUGCCUGGGACGUUCCCUGGUGCUAGCGCGCCCGCAUCCGCGCCGACGUCGGAGCGCACGCCGGAGAGCAUCCACACGCGGUUUGAGGUGGACCAGACGCGCCCGACGACCAGCGUCCAGGUACGGCUCGCAGACGGGACAAGGUUGGUAUGUCGCAUGAACCUGACGCAUACGGUGGGCGACAUCCGGAAUUUUAUAAAUGCGGCACGGCCGGAGAACAACGCACGGCCGUACACUAUCCAGACGACGUUCCCCAGCCGCAUCCUCGAGGACAACUCGCAGACAAUCGAGGCUGCAGGGCUUGUCAACAGUGUGGUCGUGCAGCGGUGGCUCUGA